CAGAUAAUUUAUUAUUACAGGUUUUACACUUGUGAUAUGUCCUUUGAUAUCACUUAUGGAAGAUCAGCUCAUGGUUUUGGAACAGCUCGGCAUUUCUGCAACUUUAUUAAAUGCUUCAAGCAGUAAGGAACAUGUGAAGUGGGUUCAUACGCAGAUGCUAGACAGAAAUUCACAACUGAAGCUCCUUUAUGUGACCCCAGAGAAGAUUGCAAAGAGCAAAAUGUUCAUGUCAAAGCUAGAGAAAGCUUAUCAAGCAGGAUGUCUUGCUCGCAUUGCUGUAGAUGAGGUCCACUGUUGCAGUCAGUGGGGCCAUGACUUCAGGCCAGACUACAAAUCCCUUGGUAUCUUGAAAAGACAGUUUCCCCUCGCUCCCUUGAUCGGAUUAACUGCAACUGCUACAAAUCAUGUUUUAAAGGAUGCUCAGAAUAUUUUACAUGUUCAGAAAUGCAUCACCUUUACUGCGUCUUUCAACCGGCCUAAUCUUUACUAUGAGGUUCGGCAUAAACCUUCAAAUAAUGAAGAUUUCAUUGAGGACAUUGUUAAGAUCAUUAAUGGAAGAUACAAAGGGCUCUCAGGAGUGGUGACAGUGACAUGGACAAACCACGUUCUGAAUGACGGCGCACAUUUUUAUGAGUGCGGCAUCCAGGUUCUUGUUCAACACUGGAGAAAAUGCACAGCUGAUGGAAUUGUUUACUGUUUUUCUCAAAAGGACUCUGAGCAAGUUACCAUCAGUUUGCAGAAACUAGGAAUCAAGGCAGGAACUUAUCAUGCAAACAUGGAUGCUAAAUACAAGACCAAAGUUCAUAAAGGAUGGGCAGCAAAUCAAAUUCAGGUUGUAGUGGCAACUGUUGCUUUCGGCAUGGGAAUUGAUAAACCUGAUGUGAGGUUUGUAAUUCAUCAUUCAAUGAGCAAGUCAAUGGAGAAUUACUACCAGGAGAGUGGACGUGCAGGUAGGGAUGACCAAAAAGCUGACUGCAUCUUGUAUUAUGGUUUCGGAGAUAUAUUCAGAAUCAGCUCAAUGGUAGUGAUGGAAAAUGUGGGGCAAGAGAAGCUGUAUGAUAUGGUGUCUUACUGCCAGAAUAUGAACAAGUGCCGCCGGGUGCUCAUAGCCCGUCAUUUUGAUGAAGUAUGGGAGUCUGCAAAUUGCAACAGAAUGUGUGAUAACUGCUGUAGAGAAAACUCACUUGAGCAAAAGGAUAUCACAGAGUACUGCAGGGAUCUAAUCAAGAUACUUGAGCAAGCAGAAAACAUGAGUGAGAAGCUCACUCCACUGAAGUUAAUUGAUGCUUGGUCUGGAAAAGGUUUAUCAAAACUCAGGGUGGCUGAAGUAACUCCCCCAAAGCUCCCUCGAGAGGAACUGGAGAGAAUUAUUGCCCAUUUAUUGCUGCAGCAGUAUCUGAGGGAAGACUUCAGCUUCACAGCAUUUGCUACAAUAUCCUACCUGAAGAUAGGACCAAAAGCGGGUCUGCUGAAAAACGAGGCACACAUCGUCACAAUACAAGGGACAGCCAGCAAGAAAAGCAUUUACAGGAACAAACCAUCUGAGUCUUCAAAUUCAGAAGGAAGCAGUGAAAAUGCUCAGACUGUUUCAAAGACUACCCAAGAUUCAGCAGUGAAGAAGUCACAAGAACGUAAGCGGCACAACUGUGGAACUAACUUAAAAGCAAAGAAGCCUAAGAUUCAAGCAGGGGGAGCUGACCAACCUGUAGUUCUUGACUGAGUAACACAAACUGCAUUUAGGAUCUCAUUAUGUUUACCUCUCCAUGGACAGUCCAGCAUGUAAGCUCAGUUUGUAUUUUAGUAACGGAGUUUUGUAUGUGAUUUUUUUAAAAAAGUAAGUUAAAAAAAGGGAACCAAGUAUCUUUAAAAUCCUCAAAUCUAGCAAAAAUCUUCUGGUCAAGAGAAAAAUGCUUGAUAUCAAAUAACAGGUGUGUAUCUUACAAUACAGCAACAGCUAUAAUACGUAAAUAUUUAUCGUGUUGCCUUUCUUAACUCUUUAGAAAAUGUAGCUCAUAGUAACUACUAUUGUAAAUGUUGCAGAAUCACACAUGUUGGAAGGGGGACUUCCAGCUUGUCCAAUGCAACUUCACUGCUCAAAUUCAGUUCUCUAAGAACAUUGUGCUCUGGGCUACAUCUCACUCGGUUUCAUUUCUCCCCAAGGAUGGAGAUAUCACAACCCUUCUCAGCACUUGUUCUGGUGUUUUACCAGCUCAUAACAACAACAAAUAAAAAACAAAACGGAAA